AGGCAGCGUGUUAUCAAAGCGAAGUCAUGAUGUAUUCUCCAAUCUGUCUCACUCAGGAUGAAUUUCACCCAUUCAUUGAGGCACUUCUUCCACAUGUCCGUGCAAUUGCCUAUACUUGGUUCAACCUUCAGGCUCGAAAACGCAAGUAUUUUAAAAAACAUGAGAAGCGAAUGUCAAAGGAUGAGGAAAGAGCAGUCAAGGAUGAGUUACUUAGUGAGAAGCCUGAAAUUAAACAGAAGUGGGCAUCCAGGCUCCUUGCCAAGCUUCGCAAGGAUAUUCGCCAAGAGUACCGGGAGGACUUUGUGCUCACGGUUACUGGGAAGAAGCAUCCAUGCUGUGUAUUGUCCAAUCCUGACCAAAAGGGUAAGAUUAGGAGAAUUGACUGUCUGCGACAGGCUGACAAAGUCUGGCGUCUGGAUCUAGUCAUGGUGAUCCUGUUCAAAGGCAUCCCCUUGGAAAGUACAGAUGGAGAACGACUCAUGAAAUCCCCACACUGUAUAAAUCCAGCACUUUGCAUCCAACCACAUCAUAUAACAGUAUCAGUCAAGGAGCUUGAUUUUUUUUUGGCAUACUACGUGCAGGAGAAAGAUUCUGGACAAUCAGGAAGUCCAAGCCACAGUGAUCCUGCCAGGAAUCCACCAGGUGUGUACCUUGAAGAUAGUUUUAUAAAAUCUGGAGUGUUCAAUGUGUCAGAACUUGUGAGGGUAUCCAGAACACCUAUAACCCGGGGAACUGGUGUGAACUUCCCAAUUGGAGAGCUUCCGAGCCAACUAUAUUACCAUGACAUGAACUCGGGUGUAAAUCUAGAGAGGUCACUGUCCUCUCCACCAAGCAGCAAACAGUCCAAAACUAUUUCCAUAGAUGAAAAUAUGGAACCGAGCCCAACAGGAGACUUUUAUCCUCCUCCAAAUUCACCAGCUGCUGGAAGUCAGACAUGGCAUGAAAGAGAUCCAGACAUGUCUUCUCCUACAGUGAAGAAACCUGAAAAGACUUUGCUUAGUUCUACAACCUCCCAGGAUUCUUCACCAAGACUGAGCACUAUUCCCCAGCAUCACCAUCCAGGAAUCCCAGGAGUUGCACACAGUGUCAUCUCAACUAGAACUCCACCUCCACCUUCAACAUUGCCAUUUCCAGCACAAGCUAUUCUCCCUCCUGCCCCAUCUAGCUACUUCUCUCAUCCAACGAUCAGAUAUUCUCCCCACCUGAAUCCUCAGGAUACUCUGAAGAAUUAUGUACCUUCUUAUGAUCUGUCCAGCCCUCAGACUAGCCAGUUCUGGUAUCAGAGCAACCUGGAAGUUGGAAUAGAAGUGAUUCGGCAAGUUUUACAAUUAGACAUGGAUAAAUAA